GUGCAAUGGCUGCACUCAGCGUUUAUUAACAAAUAAAAGGGUUGAAAACAGCACAAAACACGGGACACGGCACUUCACGCCAAAAUAAACAGGUAGACAAAACGGACAGACACUAACAAACAGGGACGAACAAACACGCGUGAGUGUAUCUCCAUCCAUGUUGGCCAAGCCGGAGUCCAGAUGGGCAAUGCCUGCUGGGAGCUCUACUGCCUGGAACACGGGAUCCAGCCUGAUGGGCAGAUGCCCAGCGACAAGACCAUCGGUGGAGGAGACGAUUCCUUCAACACCUUCUUCAGCGAGACUGGAGCUGGGAAACACGUCCCCAGAGCAGUCUUUGUGGACCUGGAGCCCACUGUGGUUGAUGAGGUUCGCACUGGAACCUACCGUCAGCUGUUCCACCCUGAGCAGCUCAUCACUGGCAAGGAGGACGCUGCUAACAACUACGCCCGCGGGCACUACACCAUCGGCAAGGAGAUCAUCGACCUGGUGCUUGACAGGACCAGGAAAUUGGUGAGAUUGUUUAGAUUAAAAGAAUUGGAGAUUUGGGGCUCCCGAGUGGCGCAUCCAGUAAAGGCGCUCCACAUUGUGCAGGAUGUGCCCUAUAGUCUGGAGGUCGCGAGUUCAAGUCCAGGCUAUUCCUUUGCCGACCGAGGACGGGAGCUUCCAGGGGGCGGCGCUCAAUUGACCGAGCGCCGCCCGGGGGGAGGGAGGGUUAGGUCGGCCAGCGUGUCCUUGGCUCACUGCUCACCAGCGACCCCUGUAGUCUGGCCUGGCGUCUGCGGGCUUGCCGGUAAGCUGCCCGAGAGCUACGUUGACCUCCGAUGCUGUAGCUCUCGGUGGCUGCAUGGUGAGUCCGCAGUGUGAAAAAAAAGCGGUCGG